GCGGUGACAUGAAUGGCGUCAUAAUUUCAAAAUCCAAAUCCGCGCCAAAACUGCACAAUCCGGGAUAGAAGCUUAGUGGAAACGUCGCAGGUGCGGAUGAAACUUUCUCGCGUAUAAAACGUGGCGGGCGCCGGCCGCCGCGACCAGUCCGCUUUACAUUGCUGCACCCGCGCACGCGCAUCCUUCACCCGCGAAAACGAAAGUGCCUGACACCCCGUGCCCUUCAGACUGUGAUAUUGUGAUUGUGUGACUGGAACAGUGAUCGGUAGCUCGCUGUGUUAUCCUGAAACUGUUUCUUCCAACUCUUACCGCAUUGAAAGCUCACCUGAAAAGGUUUUCUCGACUGUGAUUGGAGACAAAAAUAUAUGACACCAAAAACAUAUUUUGCCGCCGACUGACUGGACUGUGACUAUGAAGAGGACCAGGCUACUGCUGGUGCUCGCGACGCUCCUUAUCAAGGACGCAACAUGCGAACCGCCCGUAGACUCAGCGUCGUUACCGUUGGAACACAGAGGCAGCGCGUACGGCCCGCCGCUGCCCGCUGCGCACACAGACGACCCCUGGCCUCUCGCUACACCAGACAGUCCAAAAAUUAAACAUCUUCAAGUACAAUGUGAAAAAACUCAUAUGCGUGUCAAUAUAGAAUUCGAUCGUCCUUUUUAUGGGAUGAUAUUUUCGAAGGGUUUCUAUAGCGAUCCUCACUGUAUGCAUCUAAAACCUGGCACGGGACACUUAAGUGCGACAUUCGAAAUAUUUCUGAACAGCUGCGGUAUGACUAGUUCUGGAAAUCAUAAUGUUGCAGCUUAUGGCAGUCCCACGCCUAGUGGUUCGUACGUAGAAAACACAAUCAUAGUCCAAUACGACCCUUACGUUCAAGAGGUAUGGGAUCAGGCACGAAAACUGAGGUGCACGUGGUACGACUUUUACGAAAAAGCAGUGACGUUCAGGCCUUUCCAAGUAGAUAUGCUACACGCAGUCACAGCUAACUUUCUCGGUGAUAACCUGCAAUGCUGGAUGCAAAUACAAGUAGGCAAGGGGCCUUGGGCAUCAGAAGUAUCGGGUAUAGUAAAAAUAGGACAGACUAUGACAAUGGUGCUGGCAAUUAAAGACGAUGAAAACAAGUUCGACAUGCUCGUGAGAAAUUGUGUAGCUCACGAUGGAAAACGAGCUCCUAUCCAACUGGUGGAUCAAUAUGGAUGUGUCGUAAGACCUAAAAUCAUGAGUAAAUUCCAGAAAAUUAAGAACUUUGGUCAAUCGGCCUCCGUCGUAUCGUUUGCAUAUUUCCAAGCGUUCAAAUUCCCCGAUUCUAUGAACGUACAUUUCCAAUGUGUAAUUCAAGUCUGUCGGUACAAUUGUCCUGAACCAAAAUGUGGUGGUCUAGGCGGUGAAUAUGGAGUUCCAUUACUGGGUGGAAACGCGCUUAGUGCCGGGGAAUAUGGAUUACCUAAUACGGUUCACGGAGAGUACGGACCCCCGCCGCCCGGACCUCAUGCUGAAUAUGGUGUGCCACCGGCGUUCCCGGACCCGCGCCAUCCGGCCGAUUCGGCUGGCGCUUAUUCCGAAAAACGAGAUGAUGUAGUAGCUCCACCGCAAGCGCAGGUUUCCUCGACGCCCAACGCCCCCAACAACCCGUCAUCGCCGGCUCCCUCCCGGGAUUCCGACGACGUAAACCUACCUCCACCGCCUCCACCGGGUCGCCGAGGAGUGUACAAUACUGUAAAGCGAAAAGACGAAGGACACGGUAACCUAGCGACAUUGGGCGGACGUCCACGAUCAGUUGAAGAUUUGCCAGAAAGUUUAGUAGGAAUUAGAAGAAGACGAGAAACGUCGCCGACACGCAUCUAUAAGCGUGACGCACAAGAAAUGACCGAUGUAAAUACGAGUCGAAUUAUUCAAGUGGUGGCGCCGGGAGAUGUCAAUUUCGCACUCAAUAAUGCAGCGCAAAACGAAACGGUGGUAAUUCAGUCUCCGGCGAGCGAUCCGGAAACGAUAUGUAUGUCGGUACCGUCGUUCGUGGCGGGUCUGGUCAUGUUGUUGUUGGUGCUGGUGGUGGCGUCGUUGGUGGCCGCGUUCCUCUUCGUGCGCGUGCGCGCGCUCGACAGGAAGGGCGCGCACGGCGCCGCCGCCUUCUACGAGACUGACUACGUGAAGCACACGAACUAGAGGCGGCAAGUUCGCGAUAGUGUCGCGUGGACAUUCCAUAAACUCUUCUCGGAUCCAAAGAGCGUGCGUGCAUCGGCCCCGGCCGGGCGGCGGCGGCGGCCAGCUGUCGCGGUUGCGAUCGAAGCUCGAUGACAUGUGACUUAUUUAUUUAGUUAUUUAAUACGUGUGAUGUAUAUGUUCGACUGCUUUUUUGUAAAUUAUUUUAUUCGUGUGAAAACACUCACUGUACUGCCCUUAUAAUUAUAGUCGAUAUGUCUGUUGUAAUUUUGUAAAGAGUCGUAAGAUAGGACAUAGAGAGUAAGUGUAUACCAAUAAAAGUGUCGUGUGCGAGUGA